GGCUACUAAAUGUUAAAAUUCUCCUUCUUGUUCAUUAGUCAAACAGUGACACCUUGUGGUUAAUUUGUGCUUUUAUUUUGAAUAACGCUAGACUUCUUCUUCGUGUGUUUUGUGGUUCUGCACUUCCUGUUCUUGCUAAGCGUGAUGAGUCAGCGUUAGAUCCUGAAGAAAGCUAAAGAAAAUUGUUAAAAUAGCGCCCUUGGAAAGCAGAAUGAGUUUUCACGGUGUCUAAAGAUUAAACUGCACCCGUUUGGAACUCCCUGCGUCUGGCUGUUUAUUCCAAGUGGCCGCUACAGUGAAAACUCACCGCAAGAGACCAGAUCUUUCGGCAGUGAAGCUGACACCAUCCUUUCUGGAAGCCAGCUGUCUCCAGUCGGACCAAUGAUCUCACACAGGCAAGAUAAACCAUAAAGUUAAAGUGGACCAUCACAUGAACAAGCUCACAACAUAACUGAAUUGGCGUAGUGUGUCUUCAGUGAACCCAAAGCAGUUGAAGAGAGCAAAAAAUGUCACUUCCAACAGAGAAAACAGAUAAUGCUGUAGACAUGCCACUCAGGUCUAGCUCCAGAGAAAGAAAACUAACAGAAAAAGGCCAAGAGAUGCACAUCCAAGAGAACAAAAAACGUGAGAAAACAUUCCACAAGGUCUAUGAUUCUUGGAAGUGGGUGGCAAGAGAAAGUAGGAAAAAACUAAAGGCCCUCUGUACAUUAGAAGAACUCAAUGAUUUACAGGAAACCAUUCAAGCAAAAUAUGAUGCUGUAAGACUACAGUACGAACCCAUUCUACAUAACAGUAACACCACAGCAGAGAUUGUCAAAAGGAUGGAAGCCUGUGUUACGCUCACAAAAGAAAUUUGUGACCUCAUAAACAAUCGUACAGAGACUAUUGAUAAAGAUUAUAAUAGUCAUCUUGAGAAAGAAAGAGUAAGAGAAACAUUAAACAAAGAUGAAUAUGGAUCUAUCUUUGGUCACACUCAAACUGAAACUGUAAGCUCAUCUAAAUCAUCAGAGAGUUCAAGCAGCCAUUCCAACUCAUCUAGUACUAAUGACAACAAAGCAGAUGCACAAGCAGAGCUUGCUGCUAAAGUGGAACAAUCAAAGGCCACAAAAGAAAUUCAAGCACAACAAGCACAGCUCCAAAAAUUAGAAAACGAAUGGAAACUUAAAGAGUCAAAGAUGCUGUCAGAAAUGAAGCAAAAAGAAGUGGAAAUGCAACAACAACUGGAUCAAGAAAGAGCAAAACUGCAGCGGUUAAAAGAAGAAAAGGAACUAGCUGUAGCAGCAGCUCGUGUGAGAGCAUACGAUGAAUUUGAACGCUGUGUAAGCAAUGUUGAAGAAGUUGAAGAUCUUAAUUACAGAACUAACCCUGUCUUCUCUAGAGAUAAACCCUGCUUUAAUCCAGAUGCUGCAUUUUUCCAGCCUUACCAAUCAGCUCCAGAGGUGACAACAAAUCCAGAGACAUCCAAUCUAGCUGAAGCAAUUGCCAGCUCAUUAAGCAUGAGUCGCUUACCAGUCCCUGAACCCACAGUAUUCAGUGGAGAUCCUUUAAGGUUUACUGAUUGGAAAAUGUCAUUUAUGACUCUUAUUGACAGAAAGCCCCUCCCAGCUAGUGAGAAGAUGUUUUAUCUCAGAAACUAUCUUGCUGGAGAAGCACGCAAAGCUGUUGAAGGUUUCUUCUACCGUGACUCAGAAAGUGCAUACAUUGGUGCUUGGAAAGUCUUACAGGACAGAUAUGGCAACGCUUUCAUUAUACAGAAAGCUUUUCGUGACAAGCUUGCAAGAUGGCCAAAGAUCAAUGCAAAUGACUCACUUGCACUACGUGAGUUUUCUGACUUCCUCCAAGGCUGUAAAGAAGCAAUUCCACAUGUCAAGGGAUUAGCUAUCCUCAAUGACUGUGAAGAAAACCAUAAGUUGCUCAAAAAAUUACCUGAAUGGAUUGUUCGCAAGUGGAGUCGAAUAGUAGUGGAUGAACUUGAUGAAUCAGGUGAUUAUCCAGAUUUUAAAUGCUUCACAGAGUUUUUGAGCAAAGAGGCAAAAAUAGCGUGUAAUCCCAUCGCCUCACCCCUGUUGGGCAAUUUCAAGUUUGCAGAUGACAGAACCCCAAAGAGAGCCAAAACUUUCAACACAAAUGCACAACAAAAAGGUUUCAGUCAUGGGGCACAAGAUACAAAUAGCUGUAAACCAAAAUCACUGUGCUAUGUUUGUAAAAGUGAGGACCAUGGCAUCACCAGGUGUCCCGCUUUUGCUUCAAAGAGUGUUGAAGAUAAAAGGACAUUCAUACAUGAAAAUCGGCUCUGCUUUGGUUGCCUGAGAAGAGGUCAUGUGACCAAGGAUUGUAAGAGACGACACACAUGCAAUAUAUGCAGACGUCGUCAUCCAACCUGCUUACAUGAAGAGAGGAAGGAAAAACCUGUGGAGACAACAACAAAUAGCUCCACUUCCACAGAACCACCUUCAAGCCAAGAAACACACAGAGUUGUGUCCCAUACAUCAACACAGCAUACUUCUGCCACCACCAGUAUUGUACCAGUACUUGUGUCUUCACUACAAGAGCCACAUAGAGAAAUACUAACAUAUGCAAUGCUGGACACACAAAGUGACUCAACAUUUGUGUUAGAAGAUGUCAUUGACAGACUGACUGUGGAUUCUCAUCCAACAAAGCUGAAGCUCAGUACUAUGACUGCUGUCGACACAAUCAUUUCCAGCAAGAGUGUUCAUGGUCUACAAGCAGCAAUCCGCCUAAUCUACCGAACAACAAAAGACUAG